GCCCGGGAGACGGAAAGGCGGGAGCUUCCAGGCCUCUGCGGCCUUCGAGCUGGGUUUCUACAGACAAGCGGAAACGCCCCCUCUUUACAAAACAAAGAGAAGCGGGAGGCGUGUGCGGCGCGAGGGGCUGCGACCUCCUUGGGCCUGUCCUUCAGGCCUCUGGGCGGUUCAGCAUCGUUUGGAGAAGAUGGAGGGAGGCCCGGGAAGCGGUCCCCGCUCGGGGUCCGACAGCUCCCGGGCGCCUCAGAGAUCGACGCGGGCCAUGGAGGAGCUGCAGAGCCGCUUGCAGGAGACCCUGGAUGUGCUGUCCUCGCAGGAGCUGCGCACCUUCCGCGUCAUCCUCAAGAACUUGGACGAGGAGCCUCGCGUGAGCCCGCUGCAGCUGGAGUUGGAGGGCGACAGCGCGUCGGGGCUGGCCCGCCUCCUCGCCAAGCAUUACUACCUGCCGGCGGCGCCGCGCGUUGUCACCAAGGUGCUGCAGCAGCUGCGCCGCGCAGACCUGCUGCCGCGCUGGCAGACCUACGCAGCCCGCGAGGGCGCCGUGAUUCCAAGAAAGAUUCUAAAGAGAAGCUAUGACAGUGUGGAAGAUGAAUUGGACUGUUAUGAUCUGAGCGGUUCUCGGAAGGCUUUCCUCAUGUGUGUGAAGAAGAACAGGCCAGGGGCUCACCGGGACAUCAUACUGAUGAAGGAGUGGCUUGGCCAGUGCCAUUUUGAACAUACAUCGUGCAUUGAUCCCGACAAAAUGGAGUUACUUGGAAAAAUAACAUCAUUUCGUGAUUGUCUAAAUGAAACUAAAGAUGAAAUUGGCUGUUGCCUUGUUACUCUUAUGUCUCAUGGAGAAAAAGGCUUUAUUAAAAUGAAUGAUGGUGAGAAAGUCAGCCUGGAAGACAUUUUUGAAAUGUUUAACAAUAAAAAUUGCCCAGCACUUCAAGAGAAACCAAAGAUCUUUAUAAUUCAGGCCUGCAGAGGAGAGAAAAGAGACAGUGGUGUUGAAACGGAUGACGAACCCAUGGACUCUGAUAACAUAUCAGAGAAGAGGAGGCUGCCCACAUUCAGUGAUUAUUUCAUCAUCUAUCCUACCCAGCCAGAUCAUGUUGCUUUACGGCACCCCCGCACUGGUUCUGUGAUGAUUGAAGCAAUGACUGAGGUCUUUAAACAGUAUGGCAAAAAGUGGCACAUUGCUGACUUUUUCACCAAAGUGAAUAACAGAGUGGUGCACAGUGAAUUUCAUCUACAGGAGGAACCAAUAAAAGUAUCACUUGUAAUGGAAUCAACUUUAACCAAAUCUGUAUACUUUUGACAUUAGGAAAAUUUAAAAUAUAAGGACUGCUUUGAAAUAGACUUUUUAAUGAGCUGUGGGGGUCUCUACCAUUGUCUUGAUGGUUAUCAUUUUGCAUUAUUUCUGUCAUAAGUGGUACUUCUCCAGUUUGUUUUGUAUAUAUGUUAUUUUUCUGAGAUUUAACUAUGCUUUUUUUAACUGUCCUUUUUUGAUACUUGUAAAUAAUUUUACUUUUUUUAAAAAAAGAUCACUGUGUUUUCUGAAGUUUUUUCCUCUGAACUGUUAUCAAAACAUGGAAGUCCAGAUCUGUUAUUUGUGUACUGUUUUAUCAUGUUUCCCUUGCUGAUUACAUCCCACCCCAUCCACUGCGAAUUUGUUGCUGGUACUAAGCCUUGUUUUCUCAGCCUCCUAUUGAGGAACUGCUAAAACACAGAAGGUAGUCUUAUUUUCUGUUUUGUCUUAUUCCCCACCCCCAUCAUUGUCUGCAGCCAGACUGAUCUUCUUUUGACUCUGUAAACCAUCCUCAAAUCUUACCUGUCUGUCUUUGCUUGUACUUGGUGCCCUUGAUGCUCUCAGUCUUCCGUUUACUGUCCCAGAACCUUUGACCUGUCAUUUUCUCUGCCCGUCACACUCUUCUCCACCCCAUGUAGGUAAGUCCUUUUGUUUGUCAAGGUUUGAGUCAAACAUCACUUUCCCAACUCCUCAGGCUAGGUCAGCUCUUUCUCUUAUAAGAAAUCCUAUGCUUUUAAUAGCGUUUAGCCUACUGUAAUUAAAUGAUUGUGCAGUGGUUGUUUAAUCUCUCUCCAGUUCAAUCAUAUGUUCCAUGAGGCAGAGGUUGUGUCUUAUUUAUCACUGUAGCCCCAGGUUCCAUCCAUGUCUUAAGGCACAGAGAAGCCAUGUAAUAAAUAUAUAGUGAAUGAAUGAUGCCUAUCUUUUAAUUCUCCUAUCCAUUCCUCAGAACUUGGCUCUUUCCCUCUGCAUACCUUGCCACCUGCUAGCCAUCUCCACCUACUUGCAUGUUUCACAGCCACUUUAAUUCAGUAAGUUGGGAGUUAACUUAAACUUCCCCUAAGUCUCUUCAUAAAACCCAUCCCCAUUUAACAAUAAUCCUUUGACUACCCGCUGCCUAUCCCAGAUUCUCUUAGGGAAAAAAUUUCAAGUCCGCUUCUGUCAGGCCUCAACCCACAUUUCUAAUGUACUGCCUGUUUGUCCUGGGUCUUGGCCACACCAGAUGACUCACCCUUCCUUCACUAAGGGCUUGUGGAUUAAUGAAUGUUAAAUGAACACGGAUAUGUUAUCAUAGUUAAUUCUGUCAUUCCUGCCUGAAAUGUCCUUCUUACUGUAUGCUUCCUCAAUACUAUGCAUUUUUCAGGGUGCAGCUUGGAUCCCAUCCCACUCUAAAGAAAACCUGUGUGUAGACCAUUGUGUUUAGAGUAACGAACUCUGGACUGGGCAUGAGUUUUAACUGUAACUGUGCUCUAACUUUCUGUGUAGCUUUGGACUUUAUAUUUAUGUAUAUAGAAAUCUGUAUAAGAGAUUUGGCUCAGCUGACUCUGAGAACUCAUCCAGCUGGACUUUAGUGAGCUCUGACUUCUAGAGAACUUGCUUAUUAACAUCCUGGAGAUGUGGCUGUUCCUGAAACUAGGAAUUCAAGUUGGCAGUUGCAUAAGACUGUUGGACUUAGAGAAGAAUGUGGAUCCUUGGUGAGAAUGCUCUGAAGAUUGAGGCCAAAUUCACUGAAGUAACCCAGAAUCUCCAGUCCUAUCUUCAUUUCAGGGAUAAUUGUGUCCUUUUUAGUUAAUGUGAUUUCUUAAAUAUAUGUGUCCUAAUUUUUUGUGAGGUUUAAUUUUUAAACCAUCAAAUUUUGAUAUUUGAUA